AGUUGGGGUUUACUGCCGGGGCUGGGCUCUCUAUCGUCCUCCUGGGCUGCAGCUGCGCCUUCAGACCCUCUGAGACUGGCCAUGCUGGGGAGGCGGCGGGUCUUCACCCUACAGCCGCUCGGCCACCAGGGGGGCCUCUUUUACUAUGCAGGGCUAGGAAUUUGUGCUUCCUUGCAGAUCUGCUAUACUCCGAGAUCCCACGAUUCCCUCCCCCUGGGGCUUGGCCCCCGCCCUUGGCCUUGGGACCCUGCGGGCGGGGUGGGAGUUCCGGCGUUUUUCACUUGGCCUCGAAGCUCUCAUUCAUAAGAACACUCGAUACUUUAUGAGAGCUGUCGGUCUCUCGUGCCAUCUCCCUUACGGCGUGGGGCUGCAAGCAUCUUUUGCGGCGCCCUCUUCCCUGUCCUUCGCCCAGACCUUCCAAUCUGGUUCUGUACAGGGUUGGUGGCAAUCUGGUGGAAGAGCUUUCUAGCCGAUUGGGAUCUAUGGACCCCCAGGAUGGUGGUCGUGAGGAGCUUCUGGGUGGCUGCGUGGUGCUUGGUGCGAAGAGCAUCUAUCUUCGUGUUCGUGACAUGCCCAGGGUAGCCUCCACUGAGCCCCAGGAUGGUGACUGCACGGUGAGAGGCUCCAGGGAACAAGCUUCCAGGGAUUCUGGCAUGGAAAUGGGCGGAGGGGAAAGCCCCCCCAGUACCCCCCUGAGCUCUGCUCUGGACUCUUCCAACUUGGAGCUGGACCCUGCUGUCACCAUGGGAUCCCCUCCAGACCUGGCUCGGUUCCUGGCCAGCCAAAAACUAGAGCAGGUGAUGGCAAGGGCUUGCUGGCCUCGCACUUCAGCUGUUGCAGGAUCCAAGCAUCGCCAGCAGAUCGGGCAGGGACCUGAGGCGUCCCCAGAAGUAACUGGAGAGCAGAGUGGCCCCGAAGCAGAGAUCGGCUCACAGCCCAGCCCAGCAGACUCUCUGGUGGUGGGCUCUGAGUCUGAUGCCUGGGCUCGACUCCCAGGGCAGGGGCUGCGGUACUUGGAGCACUUGUGCUUGAUGCUGGAGCAAAUGGCCGUGCUCCAACAGCUUCAUCUGCAGCUCCAAGAGCAGUGCCGGCAGAUGCCAACCGGCAUGGAAGAGUUGAAUGGGAGCUCAGUUCUUGCCCCUUUCCACCCUCGAUCCUCCUCCAUGUUGGAGCCUCGGCAAUGUCAGAACCAGGUGGAGAAGACAGUGAAAGAGUCAGUUCUGCCUCGGACAGAGGUACACAGUGUCAGCAUGCCAGAUUUGCUGGAGGAACCGGCGGAGGAUGCUCACACGAUCCCCUCCCACCGGGGCCACAGGACUACUCUCUCCCAUUGGGACAAAGUCAAAGCUUUGCUCAACAGGAUACGAUGGAGGAGCCCUCAUGCCUCUGAAUCUUCUCUUGCUCAAGACCCCCCUAACCGAAGGAGAGAUUCAGAGGAAGUACCAGAAGAUCCCUUGCAUUACCCCCAUAGGAGGACCUUUAUGCCAAGUUUGGUGGCAAAGAGACAUCGAGCCAAGAACUUCUCAGUCUUUUGAACCAUCCUACAAACCAAAGCCCUUUCCUCUCUCCCUGGCACACAUUUGUGGGGCAAUGCCCCAUAAUGCAGCAGUUUACCUGGGCUCAAUCUGUUCCUCACCAGGCAUGACCAGGAGCUUGGAGUGGGCUCCAUGGUAUGAGAGCUGGAUCUCUUCCCUUCAAGAUCUCAGGAAUGUGGGACUUUUGGACACCUUGGGGAACUGACAGUCCUUCACUGAUUGAAAUAUAGAACUUGGUAUACCCUCUUCCUUGAGUUCCUGUGGUUGAAAAAUGUCAUUGCCCCGUGACCAAGGUGUUGACGAGUCUCUUUGACUUUGGACAACAGACACACGGUCCAUCACUAGGCCCUUGAAGCCUUUCUAGCUCGGUAACGUUGACCAGAGCUUGGGUUCCACUUCCAGUCUUCAAGAAUCAAGGUCAGGAUGAAGGAUUGGAGGAGGACUGCAGUGGAGGUGGGGGUCUAUGGACUGCCAAAGUACUUACUAUCCUAGCUCCUGUCCCAUUGUUAGAAAUCCCUGGGAUUGUACAAUUUGAACUAUUUUGUUGUGCCUUUGUGUGAAGCAUGAUCCCACAGACCCUGUGCAUCCUAUUGUAGAUGUGUAUUUAUAUGUAAUUAUAUGUAGAUGUGUUUAUAUGUACACAGGUGUCAGUGUGAGCUUUCCUGUGGGGGUUGGUUAGACCAUUGGUUUUUGAGGUGGGAGAAAAAAGGGAGCUAGCUUUCCUUCACUAUUCUGGAGAGAGCAGAGCUCAAUUCAACUAAACACAUACUAAUUAAGUGCUCACUCUAGGGACC